AUCAUGUUAUUAAUCAAUUAUUGUAAUGUAAAAUGUGUAUCUAUUCAACAAGUGUGCUAUUAGAUUCGUUCAUUUAUCGCCGUUGAAUACCAGAUUUGCAAAAUGCCAAAAUCCUUAGAAGAAGUGUCGCGGCAAAUUCGUGAUUUCGUUUAUUUACGUUUUGUUUUAACUUGUAAAAAGAGAAUAACAUAACUUUGAUUAACGUGUGUGCGUAAAAGAGUGAAGUUUUACAAGAGGUGUGUAAAGGAGAAGAGAGAGCACAGCGAGAGGGAGUAUGAAAAAAGUGUAUAUAGAUCGAAAAAGAAAUAAAUAAAAAUUGAAAGGGCAUAUAUGUAAAGAGCUAACUCGGGUUUAAAUUGUGCAGAUCUUUGCAUUUAUUUCGUUAAUCGUUAAAUAAUCGUAAAACCGCUUUCGUUAAAUAAGAAUUUGAAAAAGUGAUUUGUUGGCUAUAAAGAGUUCAAACAAUUGCUAUCAGCGACCAAGAUGACAAUUGCCAAAACUCAAACACUCUUGAAUGAUUUCGCAGUGUGUAACAUUCUCUCUCUACGCCACCGCUCAAUUGUGGUCAUUGUUGCUGCUGCCGCUUUUGUUUUAAACCACUACCCAUAACCACGUACAAUAUACCCACACUUGUGGUGUCUACGUCAUCGACAUCAUCAGCUGUUAUUGAUAGACUACGCUGAGCUGUUAAAAGUCAGUACAAUUGUUAGUAUUUUUGAUUAUAAAUUGAAACAUUUUGCUGGAAUCGGUCAUCGCACUCUAUCAUCUGGAUAUCCUUCAUUGCCAAAUCUCUAUUGCCACCAUGGUAGACAAGGUGACUGCUGCGAUUUUGUGAAAUAGGAGAACAGCCAAUCAAAAUUCCAGACUAAACAAAUUGAGAAACUUGCAGUAACACCAAAACAUUAUUUUCAAAUGUUGGGAAACAGCUGUAUGCAUUGCUUUGGGAACGAUGCAAAAAAAAGGCAAUCGAAUGCAAAAUCAGCAAUUUGCGAAUGAUUGUGCAUUAAACGCUGUGGUGCUCUAUGUCUAUAAUGUGGCGGUAAUUUUCAAAUGUAUGAUCAGUUGCAUGCCGGAGUUCGCUAACACAAUUAUAUUCCCUAGAGAAUUUGCUUCUUCUUCGUUUUCAUCAUCUAAUAAUCAAAUGUGGACCAGACGACCAACAUCAAGUUUGAGAAAUAUUUGCAUUUUUUAUCAUACGGUUGAAGCAGAUCUAUCUACGUUCAGCUUAUUGAAACGAGGUUAGCCCGAGAACAAAUCUUCAUUGUGAUUCCAAAGCAAGUGUUCAGCUUCAUGGGGGAACAUGCUAACCUCUGCGUUGUGGUGGACUGCACUUGAUGGCUGGAAAAUUGGUGCAAAAUAUGCCAUAACACCAGCUCCAAAAGGUAAAAAAUUGGUCUAGGGGAGAUUGCCGUGCAGAAUGUAUGCCGAAAUGUUUUCCAAAUACACCCAGCUACUUACAAAAAGCACACAUCGUAUCCUUUAUGGGCGCAAUAAUAAUUUUCAGUCCUUAAAACUUGUCAACUCACCUCGUUUGCGAUUAAACAGCAAAAAAAUCAGAAUGUGGAAAUUUGCAUAGUAUCACCUUAAUACAAUGAGAUGUAAAACCGUCUUCAGCUCAUUGUUUGACUGCUUGAGCAGUUAACAUUCUUACAGACUGCGUCUACGUCUGCGUAUGCAUAUCAAUUUAACGAUCUUUAAACAACAAACAAAAUCCACACGACGGCUUCACAAAAAACAAAAAAAUACACAAAAAUCAGAGUCACAGUCACUUAAAGAGUGAGUGAGUGGCGGUGGCUGUGACUAUGACUGCGACUGUGGUGCAUGUGACUUCAACCGGUGGUGGUGGUGAUUAUGAUGAUGAGGAUGUGAUUGCGGUGGCGGUUUUGCUUCGCUCGUAUGUGAAUCGCUGCUAUGAAGAAUAUGAAGAAGAAGAAGAUGAGUGUUGCCAAAGCUUGUCAGUGGGCUACAAUGUGGCACCCCAUGGCGCAAAUACUUUAACCGAUUACCCAUCUCUUUGGCACUCGGUGGUGGUGUAGCUGUUGCUGUUGCUGUUGUUCUUGUUUUUAUUGUUGGUGCUGUUGAUAUUUUGUAUACGCAACACAAAAGCCCAUAAGGAUAAGUAUGUGAACUGUGAAAAAAAGAACCUUCAUGUGACGUUCGUACAUCAUCCCUGGGAGGUCAUAUUAGUGAUGUCAUAAAGCUUGUAACCACAAUUAACAAAAUCUACAGACCUGAAAAGCAUGGCCUUAAUUCACUCAAAUAUUUCCAAAUUAAAUAUACUUGUGUGUCGCAAUCGCUUGAAAUCCUUAAAAAUUCAUUCAGAAAAUUUCCAUACACUUCUCAAGGCUCUCCAGAACAUUCCAGAGGGUAUUGAGCAUACCCUCCGCCAACGCAAGGCUCUCGGGCAUCACUCUUUGCAACUCUUAAAACGCAUUUCAGUCAACUUGUCUCCUCCAAAGCUAAAUAAAAGAAAUUCCAGACGAAUUCAAAGACUGAGGGAAAAAACGUUGUACAAAACUAAAUAUUUGUUAAACUUGACACCAAACAAAAGAAUUGCACCGAAAUCCCCAAAAAAAGAGGGAGAAAUAAGGGAUUUGAAUGAAUUACAAGCACAAAAGCUUCAAAUAACAACACAUGAAACGUAACGUCAAAAAAGAAAAAAGAAGCCCCCCUAACAGCGACAACAACAGCAGCAACAUGGCAACUGAAAUCAAAGAUUGAAUGUCAAACAACAUUGAAGAACAGCGCCGAAGAAUUUCAAAUAAAAUUAAAAAAGAGCAAAACGAAAAUCAGAACCAAAAAAAAAAAAAAAACAAAACACCAACAAACCCAAAAAAUCACACAGAACAAGAACAUAUUUGCAGACCAACUUCACACGAUGAUUAACAAAUGCAAGACAACACAGAGGCGAGCGCCUUACACCACCACAAUAGCAACAACAUCAACAAUUAUACUGGCAAAAGAAGAAAAAAAAAACCCAAACAACCCAAGAGCUCGAGUCCAGAUCAUGGAGGAGGAUGGAUGGAUGGAUGGCUAAAUAGAUGGUGCAAAAUCACAUAAGCCCCCAAAACCUUAAGAACAACAACAAAAAAAAUGCUUAAACAAAGAGUUUUGAAGUUUUGGGUCAUGGCAGAGCAUGCAAGAAACGCUCAAAUGGUUUGUACCACAUUCAAAGUCAUCAACUGGCUUUGAAUUAUAGCCAUGAGCCACUACUGUCGGCGGCUUCUUCCUUCACCUUCAUUUACUGACAGCGGACCACUGAAAUGCAGAUAGACGCGACGAAAUAACGAAACAACAAAUCAAAAGACUUAAGACACAAACGUGAACGAUGGCGAGAAUGUAUUUCUGUCCAUACGCCAGCCAACAACCCUGGGAUAACAACAAAGGCAACAACAACAACAACAACAACACUAUCCAAUGGGGAUGGAGACGACAACGAUGAUCAACCGAAAAGCUUACGCACACACAAAUCACAUGUAGAACACCAUCGUUGAUGCAACAAUAAACCCCAAACCAAAAACAACAACAAUAACACCGCCAGAAACCAAACCACCAAGCAUGGUUAUUAUGAUGGUGAUACAGCGUCAUCAGCAACGCCAUCAAACAGAACAACAAAACAUCACCAUAAUCAUCAUCUACAGCGACAACAACACCAUCUUCUUAACUCGCACCACCGCCAACAACCAAAAGAAAAAAGACAUGAAUAAACAAGCAGUCAGUGAGCAGAAGCUGAAGCAUUCAGAACCGCAGUCAAAAACACUAUGGAGCUUAUUUUGAUGAGGAGAUAAAAUUUCAAUUAUAUCAUCACUUGUCCUUUGUAAUUGUUCUUAGACACUUGGUAGUCCAUUACGCAAUCUUUUCAACCUUGCUUGCCGUGUGAGAGUUUUCCCACCGUAUUGGAAGGUUGCAAACCAUCAACCCAUCCUCAUAAAGGAAACGUUGAUUGAUAUUAUGAUUAUCGUGAUUGAAGCAGUGAAACAAUUAAUUGGAUUAAUUAAUUUCGUGUUUGAAACAUACCAGGCAUUAUCUGGUUGUCAUUUUGAAGUGUUCGAUUUCACAAAGUGCUCUGUCUUAGCCUAGAACUCUGUCUUCGCCGGUUCCUAGGAGUGUGGAGAGGAGCGGAAACUCAAGUGCUUUACAACAUUUGUAAGGGUCAUCGGAAUGUCUCGCGCCGACAUGGGGCUCCCAUUCAAGCUGCAGCCAAUCAUCAGCUAUUAAAGCUGAGCAUCAGCAUCAGAUGCAGCAGCAGCCACAGUCACAGCCGCUACUAUAGCAACACAGCAACAACAUCAAAGUGUAAAUUUGUUAACGCUUGUGUACACUUUUGUGUUCAUUCGGAGGAGCAUGCUGAAAGUUUGGCAAUUCGAAAAGUGCCAGUGGCACUCAUUCCAUUCACCAGUGUAAUAUAUCACUACAGAGAAAAAGGAGGUGGUGGUUGCAUCACCUAGAACAGCCAUGGAUGGCAUCAGCAUCCGAAUCACCGUCAACGUCUUAGUUGCCUCCUUAAGCUAAUCAAUCCAAAAAAGUUAACUUGUAUCGGCAUUAAAAAUCAGCAAAAGGCCGCAAAAACUCAUCUCGUUAACUCGUUAUCCUCACACUUACGCUCCCAAGAUGUAUUCUUCAUGCGCAUGCGUAUGUGAUUUUGACAGCGACGGGACUGCUGCAUCAUGGUUGCCGCAUGUUGCUGGAGGAGGUGAUUAUCACGUUGGUUGCCAUAACGGCAGUAUGGAAAGUUGUAUUUAGUUGUUAAUACAUGCAACCACCAACCAAAACGACCAUCCCACCACAACUCAAUUUGGCACAAAGUGUGCAGUUGUCAGCAACAGCCUUAGAAGCUCCUUUGCCGCAGAGACAACUACGCAGCCAUGAGCGACAGAAAUUACAACGUACCAACCAUGGCAACAACAACAACAACAACAACGAUUCUUGUCAUAAUGAUAACUGCCAAAAGCAACAGCAACAACCUUCCGGCCACCAUAUGGGGUGGAUGUUAACUCCAGGCGCGCAUAAAAUAUUCAAAAUUACCUCCUUAGCUACGAACAGUUACAUACAAGUAUUUGUUUUGAUUACCAUGUUAUUAACAGUAUUAAGUGCACAGCAAUCAAGUGCUGCGCAGGCAGCUCCAACUCAGAUCUCAUGGGCAACAAUGAAUGCCACAGCAAGACAACAUCAUAAUCUACUAAAGCAUCUGUAUUCUCAUCAUCAUCUUCAUCACCGUCUUCAACUACAUCACCCUGCGGUGCAGGCAUCCGCCAAGUCACAUUUGCCACUUGCACUAAAACAACAUCCUGCAUCACAGUUGCCUUUUUUGCCAGAUGCAAACGAUGAUAGUCAAUAUGCUCAACGACAUGAUACUCGUAACCAAUUGGAGACUGAUAUCGAUGGCGAAAAGAGAUUUUUGCGCAAACGUCAGUUAACAUGGCAUGCCUUUUAUACCAAAACCAUGAAUUCCUCAAAUAUCGCAUGGCAAAAUCCCUGCGGCGGUCAAUAUAUCAAAACAAAAAGAACGCCUAAAGUCGGGAGAAAAGAGGCAAGGAAAGAGAUUUUCAAAAAUCUUAUAACGUACACAAAUAAUAUUUAUAAGACGUUAAGGUCUAGUGAUUUAUCUGCUAUUGAUAUUCGAAAUAUGAGCAUGUGGGCCAAAAAAACACGUAGAUAUAAAUUUCUGCCACAGAUGCUAAAACCAUCCAAUAAAACUCUACGCCAUUGCCAUCGUGACAUGCAACAUUUUGUUGCCGCCUGCGAUUAUUUGUUUAGGGCCAGUUUACAUUGGGACUACAUCAAGGAGAUGCAAGAAAGUCAAACAUCAAAAGAAUUGAAUUUAUUAUGUACCAAUGCUCGAGAAUUUCAGUGCAAUCUGGAGGCUGCCAUCAAUAAUACAAUGCUACAUUCCAAAGCCAAAAAGACAAAGGGUUUGUUGCGUCUGUCACGGAAACGAAUGGAAAAAAAAUUGAAUUUCUAUACAGAUGUACGCCACACCUCACCACUGAAUUGGCAUAAAGUUAAAAAUGAGACAACGGCCAAGGAGAUACAUCCCUUAGACUUAAAAAUGUUUAAAGCUCGUUUUUUAAAGUAUAUUAAGCAAUUUUUACAAUUCCCGCCCCAAAGAAAGAACAAGGACGAGGGUAGCAAAAUGCAUAAAAUGAGGAAAUCGCAAAAGAAGACCAAUUAAAGUCGGAAUCGAAGCGAUUUGUUAGAAUUGUAUGUCAUUUCGUGCAUUGUUUUUCCCUUCACCGAGCUCCAUUUCAUAUCUGUGAUAAUUCAAUAUUUAUAUAUAUACACAUAUAUAGAGAUAUAAACAGUAACUUUAAUAAUUUAUUAAAUUUAAAAAUAAUAAUAA